CCAUCAACAACACCUUCGAUCCACAGUCAUGGGCGCCAUCAACAGCGUGCGCCGCCUCACGAUCCAGACCAUUGGCCUCCUCGAGGCCUUAGAGCCGACGCCGGCCGAAGUCGCGCUCAAGGCCGAAGCCGUCGACGCGAUGCAGCGCCUCGUGCGGGCCAAGUGGCCGCACCUGCGCCUCUGCGCCUUUGGCUCGUCGCAAAAUGGCUUUGGCGGCGGCAGCAGCGACCUCGACAUUGGUCUCUUCUUUCUCGACCCCGCCAAGCUCGCAGCCCUCACGUGGAACGACCGCGUCCAGAUCCUUGCGAGCAUCGCGGGCACCCUCACGCACUCGGGCGGCCUGCAACUCGAGCAGUUUGUUUACAGCGCCCGCGUGCCGCUGCUCAAGUUUUGGGACACGCGCCGCAAGAUUGCCAUUGAUGUGACGGUCGGGAACCCGCUUGCAUUGGAAAACACCCGGCUCUUGCGGCAGUACGGCCAAGUCGACGCGCGCGUGCGCCCGCUCGUCUUUGCCGUCAAGCACUGGGCCAAGCAGCGCGGUAUCAACGACGCAUCGAAUGGCUCGUUGAGCUCCUACGCUUGGAUCAUGCUGGUCAUUUUUUACCUCCAGACGCGGUCGACGCCGAUUCUGCCGUGCCUUCCGACAGAGGCCUCCAGCAGCCUUGUCGCGGCGUGUCCGACGCCCGAGGCCAUGCCGUCGCGCUGCGGCCACGACUCGGUCGGCGCGCUCCUCGCGGGAUUUUUCCAUUUUUACGCGUGGGAUUUCGACUACCAAUCGACUGUUGUGAGCAUCCGGGCCGGCGUCGGCUUGCCCAAGAUUGGCAAGUGGGGCCUCGGUCUGGGCACGUGGCGCUUCUCGAUCGAAGACCCGUUCGACCUGGGCCAUGACGUCGGGCGCGUCAUCUUUCACCCCAAGGGUCAAGCCCGGCUCAACGACGAGCUGCGCCGCGCGGCGACCAUGGCGCUUGUGCCGGACGGCCAUCUCGAUGUCAUUUGCUCGCCGAUCGACGAGCAUACGUGCUUCAUCUGCAACGCGCGGACGCACAAGCCCCGGGAUUGCCCCGACAUGUGGCUGCCACCGACAGCCGCGGCGUCGCCCGUGUCGUCGUCGUCGUCGUCCACUGCUAGCUUGAGCUCGUGUGGCAAGUCGUCCAUGGUGGCGGCCAAGGCGUCGUCGCCGAAUUCGGUCAAGACCAAACCGCUCCAACUCGAGAGCAAGAAGCGACCCCGACGACGCACCCGCGCCAAGAGCACGCCCAAGAAAAAAAUGAUGCUCAUCUAGCUUACCGAGUCCGUGUCCGUGCCUUUCGAUGUGUCGUCGUCGUCGUCAUAUGCCUUUCCUAUUUACUACACCAAAUUGGAGUUUAAAAAUCCCCGUACCACUACAAACAAGAUCUGAUUUGACACAACG